AUGGCACGCAGCCGCUCCGCCCUCCUUACGCUGGCAGCUCUCACAGCACUCGCCGGGUGUUGUGUGUGCGCGCCGCAAGGCAGCGUGCAGGGCGGCGUGCAGGGCGGCGCACAGGUGCCGGCCGUGUCGCACUCCACCGCGCCGCCCGCCGGCGUCGGCGGCGUUCGAAGAUUCAGUCAGUAUUCCAGAGGGCGAGGUUACCGCGACUGGCGCACCCGUGGCGAUCCCACGCUUAUCAAUUCUCUGUGGCGCAGCCGGCAACCAUUAGGCAUUCGGAAACAACUCGGGAACGCAGAGGUGUACAUAGUGCUAGCGCUACUUAUAGGCGUAGUGACGGUAGUGGUAGGGUGCUGGCUGUCGGACAACUGUUGGUCGCCGGAGCCGGAGGACGUGCUGGCGGGCGGC